AUAUAUAUAAGCUAUUCAGCUGCUUCGUAGUUCGUAAGAAGAAGACAGACCCAACCGCCGAAAUCUCCUUGAAUUCGCUCUUUCUUCUCUUGUUCCCCCCGACGCUCACCGCCACUCUAACCCUUCCAUCUCCCUGUUGGUUCGACCAACUUUAAAAUAAGAUGGAGAUCGAUAAACAUAAUGAUGAGGGAGAUGAUAAAACAAAAUACGGUAAACUCAAUAUUUGCCAGCAAUGUGGCGCCGCGUUCAGAAAGCCUGCUUACUUGAAGCAACAUAUGCAAAGCCAUUCUCUCGAGAGGUCAUAUGUUUGUUCCGUAGAUGGUUGUAAUGCUAGUUAUAGAAGGAAGGAUCAUUUGACCCGCCACCUUCUCCAUCACCAAGGAACCAUGUUCAAAUGUCCAAUAGAGAGCUGUUGCCGUGAAUUUGCAUACGUAUCAUGUGUGACCAGACACUUGAAAGAAUGCCAUGAAGGUGAAGCUCCUCCUGAAGAAUGUCAGAAGCAGUUUGUUUGCCCCGAAGAUGGAUGUGGGAAGGUUUUCAGAUAUGCCUCCAGACUGCAAAAGCAUGAGGGCUCCCAUGUUAAGCUAGACUCAAUAGAGGCAUGUUGUACUGAACCGGGUUGCCUCAAAACAUUUACCAACAAGCAAUGUCUGAGGGCUCAUAUGCAGACCUGCCACCAAUACGUGAAAUGUGAGAUUUGUGGGGAAAAGAAAUUAAGAAAGAACUUGAAGCAACAUCUACGACAAAAGCAUAAAAGUGAAGGUCCUCUGGAGGCAAUUCCAUGCACGUAUGAGGGCUGCAGCAAGGUUUUUUCAACAGCUUCAAAUCUCCAGCAACACACGAAGGUCGUGCAUCUGGGACAGAAGCCUUUUGCAUGUUGUUUCCCUGGUUGUGGCAUGAGAUUUGGGUACAAGCAUGUGAGAGACAACCAUGAGAAAAGUGGGCACCAUGUUUACACUAAUGGGGAUUUUGAAGCAGCCGAUGAACAAUUCCGCUCAAAGCCAAGGGGAGGGCGAAAAAGAAUCUGUCCAACGGUUGAAAUGCUCAUAAGGAAGAGGGUUACCCCCCCAAGUGACUUGGAUUUCAUGAUGGAGUGAGUAUUAGUUUCGUCUUAUUUGGAUUUAAGGGUGAAUCAAGCCAACCUCCCCACCCCUUUGUUACUUAUCCAUGUCGACUGAAAGUAAUUGAUAGCUAACCAAUGUAUAGAAUCUGUAAGUAGAAAUAUAAGCCCACCACUUACCUCUAGCAAAAUGGAGUAGUUAUACAUGUACCUUUUGUGCUCGUUGGCAGUAAAAUAUGGAAGGUUCUUUUUUAGUA